AUGACCUCGUUCGUACUGCUCGUGGCCGCACUGGCCGACGCAGGUCAGCCUCCCUCGCCGCCCAAUCGGCCGUCGAACCGGCCUGUGCACCGCGGCGCCGCGGCGUUCCGGCGGCAGGUGGAGCAGCAGCACCCGGCAGUGCUGGUGGUUGGCGGGCUGGGUCUGCAGGCUGCGGCGCCUCCCGGCUUUGCGAGCCUGGUCGGCCGCGCUGUCGUGCUCGCUCUGAUCUUCUCUCCGCCGAUGCUGCUCUCGUGGCUGGCGUGGCUGUGGCCCUUCUUCCGCAACCGCGUCUGGUACCGCAUGCUCACCGCCUCGCUCGCGCGCGCCGGCACCGCCUUCAUCAAAUGGGGACAGUGGGCGUCGUGCCGGCCGGACGUCUUUCCGACGGCCAUGUGCGCCGCCCUCGCGUCGCUGCACUCGCAGGCGCCACGCCACGGCUGGAGGCACACCGAGCGGGAGGUGCGCGAGGCGCUCGGCGCACCCGUCGACCAGCUGUUCGAGGACUUUGAGCGACGGCCGAUCGCCUCGGGCUCCAUCGCCCAGAUCCACCGCGCGGUCUGGUUGAACCAGACGGUGGCCGUCAAGUUCUCGGGCACCAUGGUCGCGCAGACACGGCUCGACAUCGAGGCGGAGCACCUGCGCCGCUUCGGCUGGAACUUCGCCGCGUGGCGCGACGUCCGCUUCCCGCGCGUGCUCGCCGCGAGUGAGGCCGUCCUCGUCGAGUCGUACGAGGCUGGAGAGCUCGUCUCCACCUACACCACCGACCUCACCCUCGGCGUCUCCUCCGGCAGCGGCGGCGCCGACCCCCUCUCGCGGGAGGAGGCGCACUUUGUGGUGUCGCGCGGCGAGGACCUCUACCUCAAGAUGCUCCUGCUCGACAACCUGAUGCACGCCGACCUGCACCCGGGCAACAUCCUGCUCCGCCGGGCGCGGAGGUACGGCCGCAACUCGCUCGCGCUCCUCGACGUCGGCAUGGCUUGCACGGCGAGGGAGGAGUUCGAGGCCGACAUGUCGGACUUGUUCCGCCGCACAUGCCGCGGGUUCGGGGAGGUGCUGCGCGGCGUGCUGGCGCUCGUGCGCGACCGCGGCGUCGCGAUCGACGCAAACUACAUGACCCUCGUCACAAACGUCCUCUGCCUCGAGGGGAUGGCGGGCACGCUCGUCCCAGAGUACAACGUGCUCGACGCCGCCCGCCCGCUGCUCGAUGCCCACCGCGCGCUGCCGCGCCCCCUCUUCCGGCUGGCGAUGCCGCUCGUCGCCAGCUUGAAGCGAGUCAAGGACCGCGUGUGCCGAUGAGCCGCGCGCCCGUAGCGCGCCCCCGGCGCUGCGCACUAGCGCGGAAUGAUCUCGACUCCUCGCCUCGCGCGUGUACGGCUGUUGCGCUGGCCCGACAUCCGUCGAUCUGUGUCUCGCGCGCUGCGCGACGCCUCACAUCCCUUUCGUCGUUUUCGGUUUGUCGUUUGUGUUUACCAGUACC